AUGCACCUCCCGCACGCGAGCCCGACCCCGACCAUGGCGGAUGUUUACUCACAUAUCCAUGAGUACUAUAGGCAAAGUCACGGAGACCUGGUGCCGACUGGUUCCCCGGCUGUUUUGUGUUCAGCUCUACCUGGUCAUUGGCGAUCUAACAAGUCGUUACCGGUGGCUUUCAAAGUGGUGGCCCUGGAUGACGUUCAGGAUGGGACAUUAGUGACAAUCAAAGCUGGAAACGAUGAGAAUGUGAUGGCUGAAAUGCGGAACUGUACUGCGGUGAUGAAGAAUCAAGUGGCGAAGUUCAAUGACUUGCGGUUUGUUGGUAGGAGCGGACGUGGAAAAUCCUUUUCAUUGACUAUCACCAUCAGUAGUUUCCCCUCUCAAGUGGCGACAUAUACCAAAGCUAUCAAAGUUACCGUUGACGGACCAAGAGAACCUAGAACUAAACAAAAUUACGGAUAUGGGCACCCUGGAGCAUUUAGUCCGUUCCUUCUAAAUCCUGGAUGGUUAGACGCAGCUUAUCUUAACUACGCCUGGGUAGACUACUUCAGACCGCCUCAAACAGCAAGUCUUAUCAAAGGUACUGCAUCAAUGGCUACGCCGCCGGUUCCACUGCCACCUUCAGAUUUGUUUCCAUUCCCACCUGCUAUGACAAACCUACCUCCUGCUGGAUUAUUACCGCCACCUGGUGCAUUUUUACCACCUAACGGCCUUCUGCCUUUUGCACCUCAUCCUGCGGACCUAGCACUAAAAUCUCUACCAUCGGAACUUACGUUGAAGAACGGUAUGAGUCCUUAUGAUGCGAUAAGGCACCUACAAAGCAGUGUUUCAUCAAUGGAUAACUCCAGUGCACGCCUAUCACCAACGAGCAGUAGGCAGAGCGGUAGCCCAAGAAGUAUUAUCAACGCUAGUCCAAGAUCGAAAGCCGAUUCAAAAUCUGAAGUUAAUUCAACGCACGAUGCAACUAUAUCGGAUGAGUCCGAUGAAGAGCCGAUUGAGGUUGUCAAAUCCGCUUUUCAUCCAACGCGACCGGCUAACGUUGAGCUCCAGGAGAUGAAGCAAGUCCAAGCUGCAGACUCCACAGUGUGCGACAAACCAAGAGGUCGCAAUGAACUAAAAGCGCCUUCUCAACGUACGACGCGCGUGCUUUCCACAAGCCCCACCUCCACAAAGAUAACGAAUGGAACCUUAACGCAUAAAUCAGUUUGGCGACCGUACUGA